AUGGCUCGAGCCCUGAGUGAUGGUGGUCCCCCAAAAAGCAGAACAAGCCUGUCAAAGAUGGAGAAGACUCUAGCUGAUAUGAUGCUUAAAGAUACAAAACAGAUUGUGGCUGAACUCUAUUCCAAAAUUUCACGUGAUCCUAUCAGACAAAGAAUGAGAAGACAACAGAAACCACAUUCAUCUAUGGAGAUCAGGCUUGACAAAGGCCAACCAUCUAAAGAAACUAAUUCUAGUAGUAGUAGUAGUGGUUAUUCAAGCAAGGAGGAAUCUGCAAGCAUCAGGGAUGUUACCAAAAGAUCUCUUCCUUAUGAAGAACAAAUCAUCUCUGAAAUCCAAGAGGAGAAACAAACACUAGAAGAAUUUAAAGUGACUAUGGACAAGUACUUCCCAAUCUCACCUGACACAGCUAAUAUCCAAGAAUCCUCAGAGGAAGACGGAGAUGCUGGAGAAGAAUCUUCAAGGGAUGAAGGCUAUUUCACACCACUAGGUUCUCUGCCAAGCAACCUUCAGCCCCAGGCAUAUAAGAAUUCUAUGGAAAACAUCAGAGGUGCCAAGAACAACAUCAGAAAACUCUUGUACCAGCUCUAUGAAGCAAUUGAAUUGACUUAUCAAAGCAAGCAAGGUUUCUCAGAUCGGCAGAAUUCCCAUAAGGCACUAUUCGAACUGUGGAUCAAUUGGAGUAGAAGCCAGUUUGAAAGCUUGGAUAGUGAUACACAGCUCCUGGAAACAAGAACUUUGGGCAUGUCCCAAAGCAUUGCCUUGAAAUUACAGUCUGCCUUCAUGGACCUCAUGCCGAAAAUCCAAGGUCUCCCCAAAACCCUACAAGACAAGCUCCAACAAGCCUGUUCCGACUUGCAGAAGGUUCAUACCACCUUCUCCUUAAGUAAUAGGUUUGAGGAUCUAGACAAACAGCAUCUGACCCAGAGCCAGUUGAAACUGACCCAAGCUCAGGGAAGUAUAGAAGAACUGUUUUGUUUCUUAGAAGAUGGUUUACCUUCUGAUUGGAUUGUAGGACCACUUUCCCCCUCUGAAUAUCCCUUCCCAGAGAUAACACUCCCUAAAAGAAAAAAUACAAAUCUUAAAUUGUGA